GUGAUAGAAUGGUGUACCCAAUUUUUGACGACCUGCGUGAGCGAGAAAGAUGCUUCCCCAACCAUUUGUCCCGGCGAGCGCGGGUGACGAGCACAGCGGCGUCCGGCAGCGCGGACCUAAUCCAUCGUAUGGAGCUGCAGCGCACGCUGCAGGGUCACGGCGGCUGCGUCAACACCGUGUCCUUCAACCCCGCCGGCGACCUGCUGGUGAGCGGCAGUGACGACCAAGCGGUGAUGCUGUGGGACUGGCGCCGAGGUGUGCGGCGGCUGCGCUACGAGCCGGGCCACACCAACAAUAUCUUCCAGGCCCGCUUCCUGCCGGGCACCCACGACAAGACGCUGGUGUCCUGCGCCGCUGACGGUCAGGUGCGUGUCACCUACUUCCGGGAGGGCUCCGGCCGCCCCGCCACCAAGCGACUGCACCGCCACAGCGGCCGCGCGCACAAGAUCGCGCUGCAGCACGCCUCGCCCUACGACGCCGCGGCCUUUGGCGGCGGCUCCGCCACCGCCACCGCCGGCUCGGGCGGCGGGCCGCCGUGUUUCUACAGUAGCGGCGAGGACGGCGACGUGUGCUUUUUCGAUCUGAGGGCCACGGACAGCCAGGCGCUGGGAGUCAUGGCGGCCACGGCCGGGACGGGUGAUGCCGGCAGCGAUGCGCGAGGUCGCGGCCGCUUCAGCCGCGCACGCACGGUGAUUGACAUCAACGCUGUGCACGUCAACCCCGCGCGGCCCUGGCAGCUGGCGGUGGGCGGCUCCGACGAAUGCGUGCAGCUGUACGACGUGCGCCUGCUCACCUCCCUCACCUCCUCCUACGUGUCAGCAGCCUCCCCCGCGGCGCCGCGCCGCGGCGCUGCCACCGAGGCCGCGGCCGGCGGCGGUGGCGGGCGCGGCGGUGGUGGCGGCGGCGCGCCGCGGUGUCGUGUGCACGGCAAUCCGCUCAUGGAGCUGUGCCCGGCGCACCUGCGGCCGCCGCCGGCGGGCGAGUCGUCGUCCGCGUUCCGGCGCCCAACGCACGUCACGUGUGUGGUGUUUGGGCAGAACGGUGACGUGUUGGCCACCUACAAUGAUGACGACGUGUACCUCUUCAGGCCACCCGGCACCCAGGGGAGCGGCGGCGGCGAGGGCCGGCCCGGCAGCAGUGGCCGGCGGCAUGAAGACGAGGAGAGCGAGGAGGAGAGCAGCGAGGAGGAGGAGGAGGAGGAAGAGGAGGACAAGGAGGGCGGCGGCGGUGGCCGCAAGGGCAAGGGGCGCUGGGGCUGGCGGUGGUGGCGCCAGCAGCAGGACGAGGAGGAGGAGGAUGACUCCUUGCUGCGGCCGUCACGACGGCGGCGGCGGCCGGGCGCUGGCGGCGGCGGGGCGGCCGGGAGGGGUGGCAAGGGCAAGGACAAGGAGGACCAAGGCGCCCAGGGUGGUGGCGUCGCCAAGAGCCGGAAACGGGGCGGCAGCGAGGAUGAGGGGGGAAGGCAGGAGGACGAGGGGCCGCGGGACUACGUCAUCAAGCGGUACAGCGGCCACCGCAACAACCGCACCGUCAAGGGCGUCAGCUUCCUGGGCGAGCGCGAGGAGUGGGUGGUCAGCGGCAGCGACUGCGGGCACGUGUACAUCUGGGACCGCCACACCGCCCAGCUGCACGCCUGGCUGCGCGGCGACUCCUACGUGGUCAACUGCCUGGAGCCGCACCCCACACUGCCGCUGCACCUGGCCACGUCGGGCAUCGAUGACGACAUAAAGCUGUGGGCGCCCACCGCCGAGGAGCCGCGGCUGCCGGGGCCGGCGGCGGAGGCGGCCAUGCGCGACAACGCCGCCGCGCGGUCGGGCUCGGGCCGGGCGGGCGGCGGCGCACGGCGGCUGGUGCUUCCGCCCGCCAUGGUGCGCGCGCUGCUCAGCCGCAUGGCCGAGGAGGAGGACGAGGGUGGCUCGGGGCAGCGCGCGGCGCAGCUGCGUGCGAUGCUGCUGGAGGCGCUCACGAGUAUCGGCGGCCUCGUCGAAGACGAAGACACCGAUGACGAAGACGACGACGAUGACGACGACGACGAGGAGGAGGAGGAGGAGGAGGAGGAGGAGGGGUACUCCGCGAAUGACGAGGAUGAUGCAGAGGAAGAGGAAGAGGAGGAUGGGGAGGAGGGCGAGGAGGGGGAGGAGGGUGCAGGCGAUGACGGUGGCGGUGGCGAGGAGGAGGAAGAGGAAGGAGAGGAGGCGGCACAGCAGCUGCGGCGACGAGGAUGAGGACGCAUAACCGGCAAGGCAGGUGGAAGACAAGCUACAGAACAGGAGUGCACAUAUCAGGGAUCGCAGCUCAAUGUUCACAGGUGAAACAGGGCAUGCGAGAGGCGUUGUUUUAUUUGCGUUUGCGUUGACGCCCAUGCGUUGGGUUUCAACUUGCUGUGCACGACUUGGCGUGCCGUUAUCCCUCAUUGACGUUGAAUGGCGGCGUAUGGCGGACAUUCGGAGGGGGUUGCGGACCAGGGCCAUGUCCUCAAUCCCAACAAUAGCUUGCAAAGGACUGCACAUAUGUUUACACAUGCCGCGUGUUGCGAAAGCAGGCAGGGGUGGUGCACCAGCAGUAGCAGUGUAGCACGCAAGGAAGCAUGUAUGGGAGCCCCCUGCGUGCCUGUACAUGUACGUGCGUUUUGGAAGCAAUGUUACGCACCGUCAGCGCACGUCACUGUACGGUAGCAGCUCCGAUGCCGUGUAAAGAUGAAGGUGC